AUGUCUUUGAUGAACAAUGUCAAAGUCCUCAAUGUCAUCGCUGCCGAAAAGCCCAAAGCCUGGUACAUGGCUAAUGCCGCCGAACUGUUCAUGUUUUCCAAGAAGGCAAUGGUGGCACCCAGUGAUGGG